GUCGCACUCAUCGCACUCAUCCCUGAUUUACGCUGGUGAUGCCAAGUGGGGCACAUCUGCUGUAAAAGCGAAAAAAUCACCGACAAAGAAGCCAAUCCGUUUGUUUUUUUUCCACGCAGGGGAUUAGAAGUUGGGAAGCAAUAACUUCCAUCUCAAAUGUGCACGAGUAUGGACGCGGAGUUCAGUUAUUUUUACCACUUUAAAUUAUCAGACCAAAACUGAAAACAGAUCUGGGUCGAAGUUUUUUUUAAAGACUAGAGAUAAUCUUGAAUCUAAAAACAUGGAUCUUUGUUCGCGGAAUGAGACCUCUGCGUCCCCGGCGUGCGUCGGGGCGCAGACUGGAGCCGGUAAUGGGAGCCUGGAGACCGCGAACAUCACCUGCUGCAACGUUUCCUCCAUCCUCAUACCUCCGCACGCAAGGCAGAAAGGUGACGACCUGAUGAUGGCUGUCUUCUGCAUGCCCUUUACCCUCAUCCCCAGCAUCCUCAAGGACUUCAUCUUUGGAGCAACCAUGUGCAAAAUAGUCUCCUACUUCAUGGGUAUAUCUGUGAGCAUCUCUACCUUUAGCCUGGUUGCCAUAGCCUUAGAGCGCUACAGUGCGAUCUGUAAUCCCCUGAAGUCGCGCGUGUGGCAGACACGUUCCCACGCCUAUAAGGUGAUCGCCGUCACAUGGGCGCUGGCCUUCGUCAUCAUGAUCCCGUAUCCCAUCAUCAGUCACCUGGAGUCCUUUCAGCGUCCGGACAACACCACGGCCCAUCAGUGUCGCCACAAGUGGCCCAUCGCGAAAGCAGAGCAGACCUGGUACAUUUUGCUACUGCUCGUGCUGUUUGCUAUCCCAGGGGUCGUGAUGAUCGUGGCCUAUGGACUCAUCUCCAGAGAACUCUACAGAGGCAUCCAGUUUGAGAUGGGACACAAGAAAGACUCGACUGAUGUAAAAAACGGCCUGACCUCCACCGUGUCUACUGGGAGUGAUGAUGGAGACGGUUGCUACGUUAAUGCCGUCCACUCCCCGCACUCCAUGGAGAUGUCCAGCAUGGUGGCGCCAGUCAGGUCAAAGAAGGCCGAGAGACCGCGCAGCAACACGUCCGAAGCCAAGCUGGAGGCCAAGAAGCGUGUCAUCCGCAUGCUGGUGGUCAUUGUAGUCCUCUUCUUCCUCUGCUGGAUGCCUCUGUACUGCGCCAACACCUGGCGGGCUUUCGACGACCUCUCCGCCAAACACGCCCUCUCGGGGGCGCCCAUCGCUUUCAUCCAUCUGCUGUGCUACACCUCGGCUUGCGUCAACCCCAUCAUAUACUGCUUCAUGAACACACGUUUCCGCAAAGCUCUGCUCGCCACCUUCUCGUGCUGCUCUGUGCCCUGCCGUCAUCGUCGCGGCCGCGGCCGCGGGUUGCGGGACAACGAGGAAGAAGUGAUGGCAACAGGAGCGUCCAUAUCCAAGUUCAGUUACACAACAGUCAGCACCAUGGGAACCUGCUGAGGCCAAUGGAUGCUGACGUGAUCCUGGAGAGGCAGUUACUACGGCAACAAGGCUCCCCACAUCCUUCGUCUUUAGGCUGACUCAAAAAGAACAGCGUGGUGGGAGUGGAAUGACAGGCCGUGUAUUGUAGCAGUAUAGAAGCUUCAACCUUAACUGUAAGUAAAUGAUGUAGGGAUGUUUUAAUGAAAUCUUACAGUGUAAAUACCUCCAUAGCUUUACUGAAAAGAAAAAAACCAUUAAAAAAAACCACACAGUAGUAUUGUUGUGGAGCGUGCAUGUGUGUGUGUAU